CUGCCAAGGAUAUGCUUGACAAAUCCUUAGAUUCUUCUAAUGAAGAAAUUUUAGACUCAUACUUUUCAGGCAGAGUUACAAGAAUUUUUUGCACAAUUCGUUCAUCAGAGAAGUCCUUACCAAGUAACCUCACCUUAUUUACUAUGCCCAGCAACUUGUCAGAGUAGUCUUUGAUGUUUUCUGUCUCCUUCAUUUUCAGCAUUUCAAACUCCCUGAUCAAGUUGAGUACUUUCAUAUUUUUGGUUCUUUCAUUGCCUUGGUAUUCCUUUUUGAGGUAGUCCCAAAUAUCUUUCGCUGACUCCAGGUUCAUGAUUCUUGUAAAUAUAGUGCUUGAAACAGUAGAGAAUAAGUAGGCUUUAGCUUUGGACUUCCUGGUCUUCCUCUCUUUGUGGGUCUUAAGCUGAGCCAUCGUAGGGUUCGCCGGCAAUGGGGGAACAUCAUAGUCUUCCUCUAUAGCUUCCCAAAGAUCUAAUGCUUCAAGAUGGACUGUCAUUCUAACAGCCCAGGCUUGAUAGUUAUCACCAUCAAAAAUUGGUGGUGCAACAUGGGAGAAAGUUGUUUCAGUUUCCAUUUCUGGAUUCACUCAACUCACAGAUCCCUCAAGAAGAAGAGCUCUGAUACCAGAUUGUUGAUAUAUGGCACAAGAACAGGGCAGAAAUUUAUGACAGCAAAGGAAAAACUUGGUAUCUGGAAGUAUAUUUUUAUUCAUUGCAUUGCUCUUUAUAUAGAGCUGAAACAUAACAGAAAGUCAAGAGAAUUUGCUAAUUUCUAGCCAUGUCUAACCAAUUCCUAAUAUCAAGCCAAAACAAAAUAUAUAUAUAUAUAUAUAUCCAGAAAAUAUUCCUAAAGACUUGGUCUAUUGACCAAUUAUUCAGCAACUUUUUGUUUGCCCAUAACUGUAGCAACUAAAGGCACGUUUCCAACAGAGUGGCGAGAGACGAGCUCUGUUGUGGAGAAAUCUCAUAAAAUUGUGGGUAGGGAUGAAAACAGAAAGGAGGUAAUAGAGUUGUUGAUGCAGUCAAGUACUCAAGAAAAUCUGUCAAAGGUUGUGAUUGUAGGCAUAGGGGGCUUAGGCAAGACCACCCUUGCCCAGUUGGUAUACAACGACCAACGGGUGGUAAGCUAUUUUAAUCUUAAAAUGUGGGUCUGUGUUUCCGAUGAUUUCGAUGUAAAAAUACUGGUUAGGAAUAUCAUAAAGUCUGCAACUAAUAGAGAUGUGGAAAACUUGGAGUUGGAUCAGUUGCAACAACGCCUUCACCGAAACUUAGAUGGAAAGAGGUAUUUGCUUGUGCUAGAUGAUGUCUGGAACGAGGAUGUAAGGAAAUGGGGUCAAUUAAUAACUUUGUUGCCUGUUGGAGCAACUGGGAGUAAAAUUUUGGUGACCACUCGAAGCACUAGAGUUGCAUCAGUUAUAGGAGUUGAUUCCCCAUAUAUCGUGGAAGGUCUUAAAGAUGAUGAGUCUUGGGAUUUGUUUGAAAGUCUUGCGUUUAAAAAGGAAGAAGAGAAAAUGCACCCAAACCUUGUAGCCAUAGGAAAAGAUAUUGUAAAGAUGUGCAAAGGAAUUCCUCUUGUCAUUGAAACUUUAGGCAGAACAUUGUACUUCAAAACCCAAGAAAGGGAUUGGUUGAGCAUUAGAAAUAAUAAAAAUCUGAUGUUGCUUGGAGAUGAAAGUAAUAUUUUGUCAGUUUUAAGGUUAAGUUAUGACAAUCUACCCACCCAUUUGAAACAAUGUUUUGUCUAUUGUACACUGUUUCCCAAAGAUUAUAGAAUUGAAAAAAAGUUGUUAGUAAAAUUAUGGAUGGCUCAAGGUUACCUUCAAGAGUCUGAUGAAAACAGAGAUUUAGAGGAUGUUGGUAAUCAAUAUUUUGAAGAUUUAUUGUCAAGGUCAUUGUUUCAAAAAGCUGAAAAUGAAAAUGCAAACAAUGUAUUAAGUUGUAAAGUGCAUGACUUAAUGCAUGAUCUUGCACAAUCCAUUGUAAAGUCUGAGAUUAUCAUUGUAACGAAUGAUGUGAAGAUUAUUCCAGAAAGAAUUCAUCAUGUGUCAUUAUUUAAUAAAUCCAAUGAAAUGCCUGAAGGUUUAAUGGGCAAACCCAUUAGGACCUUUGUUAUUGGCAAACCCGAUUGGAACCUUCGUACGGGCCCUUUCUAUGGUGAUUAUUACAGUACAGAUACAUUCAUCUCAAGCUUAAAAUAUUUACGGGUAAUGAAGGUGAGUUUCCGACCUCAUGAGGUUCCAACAUCUUUAGACAAACUAAGCCAUCUAAGAUAUCUUGAUCUUUCUCAUGGGUUGUUUAAAAACCUCCCAAGUGCUAUUACAAGAUUGAAGAAUUUACAGACAUUGAAGCUUUUUCGUUGUGAGAAUCUGAAAGAAUUGCCGAUAGAUACGAAAAAAUUGAUCAACCUGAGGCAUCUUGAGAUUGAUGAAUAUAAUCAAUUGACUUAUAUGCCACUUGGGUUGGGAGAAUUGACGUUGCUUCAAACCUUGCCUAUAUUCUGGGUAGGGAAUGAUAGUGGGGAAUCUAGGCACAUGGGUAGGUUGAGUGAACUGAAAUUCCUUAACAACCUCAGAGGAGAACUAGAAAUUAGAGGCCUUCCAAAUGCCAGGGGUAGUGAAGCAAAGGAAGCCAAUUUGGAGGAUAAACAGUACCUCGAUUGCUUGAGAUUACGUUGGGAGGAAGAAGAAGAAGAUACUGAGGAGAAUGAGGAGGCAGUGUCAGUGAUGGAAAGCCUGCAACCACAUCCCAAUCUGAAGGACCUCUCCAUACUAUUUUACAAAGGUGUGAGAUUCCCAAAUUGGAUGAUAAAUGAUGGAUUGGAUUUGCUGCUCCCAAACCUAGUCAGAAUUCAACUAUGGCGUUGUAUGGGAAGCCAAGUUCUCCCACCUUUUGGUCAACUCCCUUCCCUUCAAUAUCUACAUCUUGCCCAACUAUAUGAUGUGGAGUACAUGAUGGAUUACCCUUCACCAGCAAAGCCAUUCUUCCCACGUCUGAAGACACUCAGACUUUCCUAUUUGCCUAAUUUGGAGGGAUGGGGGAGGAGGGACGUAGCAGCAGAGCAAGCUCCUUCAUAUCCUCAUCUUGAGAAUCUAGAGCUGGAAAACAUCAGUAUGGAGCUAUGCUUACAUCUGAUCUCUGUCUCUUCUUCAUUGAAGUCUCUGCGUAUUUGCGGAAUAGAAGAGCUAAUAUCUCUGCCAAAGGAGCUUCAACAUGUUUCCACCCUACAAACUCUCAAAAUUGAGCAUUGCUAUGGUUUGGCAACUUUACCAGACUGGAUUGGCCGCCUCACAUCACUUACACAGCUUACCAUUAUAGCCUGCCCCAAAUUAACAUCACUGCCAGAAGAGAUGCGAUCCCUCCGCCAUCUACGCCAACUCCGGAUCUUCAGUUGUCCAGAUUUAUGGGAAAGAUGCCAAAGGGAAACUGGUGAAGAUUGGCCUAAGAUUUCUCAUAUUCCCGCAAUUGAUAUUCCCAGGGGAUAUUGAGGCUGAUUUGUGAAGCUUGCCUUCUCUUUUUAAGUGAAUGUGUCAUCCACAAUAUAUUUGAGGAAAAUUUUCUUUCCUGGCUACUCAAAAGCUUUGUUGAAUGCACCAUGGAUCUUCAUCAUUGAAAUCUCUAUCUAUCCGGGUAAAAAUGGUUUGAUAUCUCCGCAAGAACGGGGCCAAGACUUCUCAAUGGUUCUCAAGAAUUUAAAUAUUGUGGAUUGCAUAGAGAUGAUGAUCGUGCCUUGAAAUUCUAAGCACUUACAAGCUUGCAUCGUCUGUUUAUUCAAUUGAUGCCAAACUUGGUCUCUCUCGCAAAGGGGCUUCAAUCUGUUUCAAUGCUAAAAACUCUCAGAAUUUGGAGCUCUUCUGGUUUAGCAGUUGUACCAGAUUGGAUAGGCAGUUUCUCAUCAAUCAGCACUUACAGAGCUAAGCAUUAGAGGCUGCUCCAAAUUGAUGUCACUGUCAAAAGGGGUGAGAUACAUCAGCAAUCGAAAGCAAGUGAAGAACUAAGAUUUCUCAUGUUCCUAAUAUGGUUCAAUUGUUGGCUACUUCAUGAAGUACUAUGCAAUCAUCCACCCACGGGAAUAUUUUAGAGAUGGAACAAAAAGAGGGCGUGUGCAUUUUCCUCUGCUUGUGUUUCUCUUCGUUCUCUUUAUUCUAUCUUCAAACCUCUACAACGAGCCAAGUAUUCAGCAAAUUCAUCAAAACCGAGAUCAUAAUGACAGUAACCAGCAUCAAGAUUCGACCACUUCUAAAUUGUAGAGGUUUUGGAUUGAUUCACUACAUGCAGCUCCACUGUAAAGUACAGCGGUCGGAACGCAGGGUGGGUUGAUGGUAAACCGUAGCCAGAUGGUCAGAGAGGAAUUUCAGGGAGGUGCGGCAUGUUUUCUGGAAAAUGGAUCUUUGGCAACACCUCUAAUCCUCUGUACAAAGAGUCUUGUUGUCUGUACAUGUCAAAUCAAUUGGCUUGUCACAAGCAUGGAAUGUAUGAUUUGGGAUACCAAUACUGGAGAUGGCAACCCCAUUACUGCAAUUUGAAGAGUAGAAGAACAACAUACCACUUGAGCAAGGAGCACAUAUUACUAAAUCUAUGAAAUAGUUGGUUAAUUCUCAUCUCUCAAGUUUCUUAAUCUCGGGAAUCUAAAUGCUUUGGAGUGCAAGGAUAAAAGUAGUGGCAUAUCUCCUUCAUUUUUAUUGAGAGGCAAGUUGGUAUGAGGAGAGUACAAAACAAGUAAAGCUAGUAAGACCAUUCUUCCCAUUCCUGCCAUGAUGGAGGAAAAGAGAUGAUGGAGAGAUAACAUCAUUAUCACUAGCAGAACUACAUCAACAACACCCAUUACUUCUGCGAUUUCCUCAUCUUUUUAUUUUCCUUGAGCUGACAUCUAUGUCACUGCAUCUAUAUCUUGAUUGGGAUUUAUAUUUGGAUAACAUUUCUUCCAAAAGAGGAGUCUCAGGAGCUUACUUAUCUUAAUUUGGAAGGGUGACAUAAGGAGCAUUAGCAAGGCGAUUCUUCUCAUUCUUGCAAUGAUGGAGAAACUUGAAAGAUAUAUUGAGGAGGUAGUGGCACUACCAAAUAAACAAAAACAUAUUUGUUCUUGCCAUGAUUUCCUUUUCUUUUUAUUCUCCUUGAGCAUCACAUCCAUGCCACUACAUCUACAUCUUAAGGAUCCAUAAUACUAUCUCCCUCAUUUCCUUUCUCUUUCCUGUAUCCCAUUAUAGUCUAUGCAUAUUGAUGGCAUUAAAUGAUCAAAUAUAUGUUCCAAAAAAAAGGUUGUGGUAUAUCAAUUCUCUCUUAAAUUUUGAUAAGCAUAAUGUCAUUGUCUAUUUGUCCAAGCGUAGAUAUUCAAAAUGUAGAUACUAAUGGCGGUGGAAUUUUAUGUCUUAGAGAAUUUUAGCAAGUUAGAGUUUUUUUGGAUGAAGGUAGCAACCAAUUCAAAGGACUUGAGAGGUAGCAUCCAAUAUGUAUUCACUUUACUACAUCGAAGAAUUGAACAUGUUGGGUAUGUGCUCAUUCUUCAACUUAGGUAACAUAGAUGGUAGGUCACAUCACUAAACUUUUUAUUAUUCAUUGUCAAGCUUGAAAUCACUACUAGAGGGAUGUCAAAGGAAGCAGGUGCAAAUUGAUCUAAUGACUUAUCGUGUCUCAAGAACUCCUAUAUAUCUACUAGUCUCAAAUAGCUAAUGCACAAAGGACGUGUUCCCUCUUUUCAAUUCAAGUGCCCUAUCCACAGUGCAUUUUUUUUAGGUGGUGCAUAUGGAAUGAGUCAGCUCGCUCACAUCAUUGUGUAUAUUAUUCAAGAAAAAAAAUUGAGCUACAUGCUAGGCCUCAAAGCAAGAAGAAUUAAUCAUUUUGAUAAGGUUCAUGUUUUGAAAUAGUGGGAUAAGCCAAUCCAAGAUGAUUGAUCUACAUGUUCAAGAUGUGCUUGAAAGCUGUGGAUCAAGUUUAAUCAAACUAUCCUUGGGAAUUAUUUUUGGUGGAAGAUAACAUCAUAUUUUAUAACCUUGUCAUUAAUUGUUGACAUGCAAAAGCUCUUUAGUACAACUUAUGGACCAAGAGAAGGUUUGAUUAAGAGAGGGAGAAUGGAUUCAAAAUUCUCUGUGAUCUCUACUUCUGACACUUUUAGAAGCUUCAAUCAUGCUUCGAUGAACCAUUCGGUUUAUUUAAAGCUUUUGGAAUCUCUUUGCAUACCAUGGAAGUGUAUUUUGCUUCUAAAUAGAAGUAGAAUUCAAAUUCAGUAUCAAUUUUCGUUUACUACAAUUAUUGCUCAAAUCUCUUCACAACCUUUCUAUUACUUGUUCUUUCAUGUUUCUUUAAUGAUAAGGUUGACACGAUUUGUUACUUUGAUGGAAUCAAUUUUGAAUGAAAUAUGAGUAUUCUAUUCUA